AUGCCUCACCUGCACAUGUCGGUGCUCAGCGUGAAAGGCACAGCAGACAGCAUCCGCAAGAUCCUGAAGUUGUUGCGGUUGACGAAGCCAAACACCGCAGUCUUCGUUCCGGCCACACCUUCCACGCUGCAGAUGCUCAAGCGCGUAGAGCCAUACAUCGCAUACGGAUUCCCGACACUGAAGACAGUGCGCGACCUCGUGUACAAGCACGGGCAGGGCCGCGUGGGGGACAAGGCCGUCACGCUCACAGAUAACGCGCUCAUCGAGAAGGAACUCGGAGAGCAUAACGUCAUCUGCAUCGAGGACAUUGUGCACGAGAUUGCGACCGUCGGCGAGAGCUUCCGGGCGGUGAACCGCUUUCUGCAGCCGUUCAAGCUCAAGCGCCCAACAGAGCGCUGGAAGAACGAGCGCAAGAAGUUUGUCGAGGAUGAUGAGCUCGGCUUUUCGGCAGAGAAGAUUAACGAGGUCAUUGAGCGAAUGUCGUAACUGAUGCUGUGGUUGGUGUGUGAUGACUGCGAGUGAGAGUGUGCGCGCUUUUGUGUUUGUCUGUGUCUCUGUGCACUGAUCUG